GUUGACGUUGAAUGUUUCGUCUUGGCGGUCGUUGGAAUUAGUCGUCGCCACCACAAUAUAUCACAGUAUCUACCUCCUCCUCUUAUUCCUUCCCCAUCUUUCGACUCGGGCGCGAUAACGCCGAAAGAAGAAGCAAAACUUACUACGAUCAUAAAAACUAAACGACUUUAAAGUGAUUCUUCUACUAUUUUUUUUUACUGUUAUUCUAAAGUUGCCACACAAAGUUGUGAUGAGUGCCAUUUGAGUGCACCCAAAAAUAAUCGAAAAGUUUGCCUCAUUUAAAUACACCAAAAAUGUGUCAAAGAAAUUUAGUGUUUGCACUGCUUUUGCUCUGCCUUUGCUGCAGCUCCAAUCGAGCAUUGAACGCUGCUGAUGGCGCCGCAGCGGCAGCGGCAGCUGUGGCAAAUCCCACAUGCAGCAGCCUGAAGGACAAUUGCAAUUUGGGUGACAAUCUGUUGGCGUUGCCAGCGGCCAGCGAUGGCAGCAGCAGCGAUGCCAAAGUCGAGAGUCACAUGGCCUCCAUCUUUGAGGAUAAGGUCAACUACAGUCUGAAGCUCUUUGCCGACGAUGUUGUCGCUGGAGCAGGGGCUGCCGCAUCAGCUAGUGCAACGGUGCUGGAUGUCUUGCAUGUGGCAGCAGGGAAUCUCAGUGAGUUGGAGCUACACAGCAGCAGUGGCAGUGGCAACUUUACGCUGCGACAGUUGGUCACAGACGACGAUGACAUCGAGGAUGAUGAGCGAGUUUAUUUGUACAAUAUCGGUAAACGGUUUUUGGCCAUCUCGCAGCCAUUUGAUGCCGCUCGCAAUCCGGACGCAUCUCCACAAUGUCGCGCCCAAAUGCGACGCUAUAUGCAGGCAUUGAACAACUUUGAUUUGUGGGCCUUGAAAAUGCACGAUGCAAGCGGCAAACUAAAUUCGGGCAUUUUGAAUGGCAACAUCAAUCAGCCGGGCGACUUUGAUCAGUGCUUGGCCAUACAACAGGCAUCGAGCAACGAUGACGUCACAAGUGACGUGCUGCGCGGUCAAUAUUGUUUGGCGUAUGCGCAGCCAGUGUUGCCCCACAAAUCGAAACGUUUGCAGGCCUUCUUCAAGCAGCUGCAGUCGCAUGGUCCCUUCCGAAGUGAAUUCAAUGACCCUGGACAUCGUGUGCCCCGCUAUUCGCUCGUCAACUGGGGCAUCUGCGUCCCCUCGGGUUGCACGGCCCGCGAUGUGGAAUACAGCGUUGCCGAGUAUCUGCGCAAUCAAACCGCCUCCACUGGCAUCACCUUCAACGUCCGCGUCGAGCCGCAAAUGUGUCAGGUGCGCGAUCCGCAGCCCUGGGAUCGCAACACGACGUGGGCAGUGCGCUUCUUUGUCCUCAUUCUCUCGGUGGCUGUGCUCUCCACCGUCUACGAUCGCUGCACCAAGACUCAACAGAAGCAGAAUGAUUGGUGCACCGCUUUCUCACUGGACAAGAACCUACGCUGGCUGUUCAGCACGAACAGCUCGCCGGGAGACAUUGAGGCUGUGCAUGGCAUUCGUUUCCUGAAUGCUGUCAUGUUGAUAUUCUCGCACAAAUCGAUGGCCAUGUUCUUCAAUCCCUACAACAAUCGCACUGCCAUGUCAGAGAGUUUGGGACAACCCUGGACAGUGAUUGGACGCGCUGCUUCCCUCUACACGGAUCCUUUCCUGCUCUUCAGUGGCAUGUUGACAUCCUACUCGCUCUUUGGCCGUCUCAUGAAGCAACAGCCCAUACGCCUCAAGAACGAAUACAUCAGUCGCUUAAUGCGUAUUGUUCCUCCACUGGCUGCGCUGAUACUCUUCUGCACAUUUGUGCUCCCCCUGUGGGGCUCUGGACCACAGUGGAACCUCGUUGUGGGACACCAUGCCGACAUUUGCAAGCAGCACUGGUGGCGCAAUCUGCUCUUCAUUCACAACUAUUUCGGCUUCAGUGAAAUGUGUCUGACGCACACCCAUCAUCUGGGCAUCGAUACAGAACUCUUUGCUGUCGCCCCGAUCUUCAUUCUAGUUCUGUGGCGUUGGCCCCGUCGUGGCCUGAUCACACUGCUGCUCCUGUGCACACUCGGAACGGCAGCGCGUUAUUACACAACCAUUGUGAAUCAGUUGUCCAACUACAUUUACUUUGGCACCAACAUUCAACGCUUGUUCCGCACCGCUGACUAUAUGUACUCAUUCCCACCACAUCGCUCCACGGUCUACAUCAUGGGCAUACUCCUCGGCUAUGCGUUGCGCAAAUUCCAGGGUAUCCAGUUGAGCAGUCUGCAGUUGCGUCUCGGCUGGCUGGCGGCCACAGUUUGUGUCCUAGCUUCGCUGCUGGGUCCUGCACCCAUGGGUGACAUCAACUAUGUUUAUAAUUCGACGCAUGCCGCCAUCUAUGCGGCAUUUGCACCCAUUGCCUGGUGUCUGUUCUUCUCCUGGAUCGUGUUUGUCUCCCACAAUGGCUACACAAAUCAAUUGACGAAGCUGUUCUCCUGGCGCGGCUUCCAGGUGUCCACAAAGCUAUCGUAUGCCAUCUACUUGACGCAGUUCCCCGUCUUUUUCUACAAUGUCGGACGAAGGCGUCACAUUCAUCACUACUACAACUUUGUCUCCAUUAUUCUGGAUACCAACGAAUUUAUCUCCAUCUUUUUGGCCUCAGUGGCGCUAACGGUGCUCUUCGAUGCGCCCUUCCAGAAUCUCAAGAAGCUGCUCAUCAAGCGACCCAGCGCCGCCACAAUCAAGUCCCCCAAAUUAGUUGAAACUGCCAACAACAACACGACGCAUUCACUGUCCAAGGAACCUCAAACUCUAACUCAACCACAAUCCCAAACCGUAUCUCAUCCACACGCCGAUUAGGAAGAGAGCCUGGAGCUUAUUAUUAUUGUAUUUGUGUAUCUUGUAAAUGUUUUGUCUUUAGCAUUUAGUGGCAAUGUGUAUAUUUAAUACUUCCAACGUCCUUUAUAUCCCUCCCCAAAAAUCCCCUCCGUCCCCGCCCCAAACCCUUGCGGAUCAGCCCUCCACCCUUUAGUUUUUAGUGAAACGCUUUAUACAUUGUAAAUUGUACUGUUAGUCAAAUGGAUCGAGAAGGAAAGCAAACAAAACAAAAAAAAAUAGUCGAAGAAGGAGAAGAAGAGAGUUAAACAACUAAUGUAAUGCAAUUCAUAGUCAUUAAUAACCAACCACUGCUUGUUGAUUUAUACUAUAACUACGAUACGAUAUUAUCUUGCUUGGCUAAAACGCGCUCUUGUUUUAUCUUGUAUACAUAUUAUAUUACCAUCUACGACAUUUAGUUUAUAAGCGAGGUCGAAUGCUUCUCUUUUUUUUUUGCUUAAUUUAAU